AUGAAUAUAAGCAGAGCCGUAGAUGGAACUUUUCUUGUUAUCUUCUCAGACAACGAGAAUCCAGUUAUCACUGGAUGUCCAAGUAAUCAAGAUGUCAACACAGACAGUGGUAAUGCUACAGCUUUAGUAACCUGGACACCACCUAAAGCAACAGAUAAUUCUGGUACUCAGACACUGACAUCCACUGCCAAUCCUGGAGAUUACUUCCCCAUUGGAAACAACACAGUGAAAUACACAUCAACAGAUGCUGCUGGAAAUACAGGAAUAUGUACUUUCUACAUAUCUGUUACUGACAAUGAGAAUCCAGUCAUCAGUGGAUGUCCAAGUAAUCAAGAUGUCACCACAGACAUUGGUAAUGCUACAGCUUUAGUAACCUGGGCACCACCUACAGCAACAGAUAAUUCUGGUACUCAGACACUGACAUCUACUGCCAAUCCUGGAGAUUACCUUCCUAUUGGAAACAACACAGUGAAUUACACAUCAACAGAUGCUGCUGGAAAUACAGAUACAUGCUUUUUCUACAUAUCUGUUACUGACAAUGAGAAUCCAGUUAUCACUGGAUGUCCAAGUAAUCAAGAUGUCAACACAGACAGUGGUAAUGCUACAGCUUUAGUAACCUGGACACCACCUAAGGGAACAGAUAAUUCUGGUACUCAGAGACUGACAUCCACUGCCAAUCCUGGAGAUUACUUCCCCAUUGGAAACAACACAGUGAAUUACACAUCAACAGAUGCUGCUGGAAAUACAGGAAUAUGUACUUUCUACAUAUCUGUUACUGACAAUGAGAAUCCAGUCAUCAGUGGAUGUCCAAGUAAUCAAGAUGUCACCACAGACAUUGGUAAUGCUACAGCUUUAGUAACCUGGACACCACCUAAGGGAACAGAUAAUUCUGGUACUCAGACACUGACAUCUACUGCCAAUCCUGGAGAUUACCUUCCUAUUGGAAACAACACAGUGAAUUACACAUCAACAGAUGCUGCUGGAAAUACAGAUACAUGUAUUUUCUACAUAUCUGUUACUGACAAUGAGAAUCCAGUUAUCACUGGAUGUCCAAGUAAUCAAGAUGUCAACACAGACAGUGGUAAUGCUACAGCUUUAGUAACCUGGACACCACCUAAGGGAACAGAUAAUUCUGGUACUCAGAGACUGACAUCCACUGCCAAUCCUGGAGAUUACUUCCCCAUUGGAAACAACACAGUGAAUUACACAUCAACAGAUGCUGCUGGAAAUACAGGAAUAUGUACUUUCUACAUAUCUGUUACUGACAAUGAGAAUCCAGUCAUCAGUGGAUGUCCAAGUAAUCAAGAUGUCACCACAGACAUUGGUAAUGCUACAGCUUUAGUAACCUGGACACCACCUAAGGGAACAGAUAAUUCUGGUACUCAGACACUGACAUCUACUGCCAAUCCUGGAGAUUACCUUCCUAUUGGAAACAACACAGUGAAUUACACAUCAACAGAUGCUGCUGGAAAUACAGAUACAUGUAUUUUCUACAUAUCUGUUACUGACAAUGAGAAUCCAGUUAUCACUGGAUGUCCAAGUAAUCAAGAUGUCAACACAGACAGUGGUAAUGCUACAGCUUUAGUAACCUGGACACCACCUAAGGGAACAGAUAAUUCUGGUACUCAGAGACUGACAUCCACUGCCAAUCCUGGAGAUUACUUCCCCAUUGGAAACAACACAGUGAAUUACACAUCAACAGAUGCUGCUGGAAAUACAGGAAUAUGUACUUUCUACAUAUCUGUUACUGACAAUGAGAAUCCAGUCAUCAGUGGAUGUCCAAGUAAUCAAGAUGUCACCACAGACAUUGGUAAUGCUACAGCUUUAGUAACCUGGACACCACCUAAGGGAACAGAUAAUUCUGGUACUCAGACACUGACAUCUACUGCCAAUCCUGGAGAUUACCUUCCUAUUGGAAACAACACAGUGAAUUACACAUCAACAGAUGCUGCUGGAAAUACAGAUACAUGUAUUUUCUACAUAUCUGUUACUGAUAAUGAAGCCCCAAUUUUGACCGGAUGCAUCGUAUUUCUUUCUCAAAACACCCUUCCAAGUGUGGCAUUUUCUCUGGUGUUUUGGGUUGACCCAAGAGCAACAGACAACUCUGGAUCAGUUAAUGUAACAGGAACCAGCACUUCAGGUGACCAGUUUCCUAUAGGUGAAACUAUGGUCACGUACACAGCCCAAGAUGAUGCUGGCAAUACUGACAUGUGCACGAUUACGAUUGAAGUAUUGGAUGUGGAAGAUCCUAUCCUUAUGGGCUGUCCAUCAUCCGAUUUUGUUGUAAAUACCACUGCUGGAUUGCCAGUGGCUGAGGUCAAUUAUCCUGUUCCAACAGCUUCAGAUAAUUCAGGGCCAAUUACAGCCAAUUUGACUGCAGGUCUAGCUCCGGGAAACUUUUCACUUGGUGAAACAUUGGUCAUGUAUACUGCUACAGAUCCAUCGGGUAACAGCGUAUCAUGCUCCUUUUUUGUCAACGUGUCUGAUGUUGAAAAUCCCAUUUUCUCUGCCUGUCCAUCAAAUGAAACUUUUGGGACAGACUUUAGAGGAGACACCGCUAACCUAAACUGGACUGUUUCUGUUACUGAUAAUGAUGCAGUUACUCUGACUUCAGACUACAACACUUCGUAUGUAUUUCCUCUUGGCAGUACGACUGUCACUUAUAACGCUGUAGAUUCAUCUGGAAAUACAGCAAUGUGUGUAUUCACCUUCACAAUAGAAGACCAAGAGGCCCCUUACUACAUGGCAUGUCCAACGAAUGUGGUGAACACUACCUUAACUGAUCUAAACUACCGAAACAUUAGCUGGGUAGUACCAACAGUUCAAGAUAACGUGGAUGCAGCCGUUAAUCUCACAGGAAUCUCAGAAAGUCACUCGUCAGGAUCGCAGUUCUUUGUAGGCACAAGUAAAGUUAUUUACCAAGCUACUGAUCUCUCUGGGAAUACAGGCAAUUGUACUUUUGAUAUAACAAUCAAUGAUGAACAGCCACCAGAUUUCACCGCUUGUCCCUCCAACAUGAACGUAUCAACAGAUUUAGGUCAACCAAAUGCUACUGUGAAAUGGACAGCACCUAGUUUCACAGACAAUGUAGGUGUCAAUGUUACAUCAUCUCAUGCAUCUGGGGAUCAGUUCAACAUUGGGGUUACAGAGGUGUUUUAUAAUGGAAGUGAUAACGCAGGGAACAUUGCUUCUUGUGUUUUCACCAUAACUGUGUCUGACAAUGAGAAUCCAGUCAUCAGUGGAUGUCCAAGUAAUCAAGAUGUCAACACAGACAGUGGUAAUGCUACAGCUUUAGUAACCUGGACACCACCUACAGCAACAGAUAAUUCUGGUACUCAGAGACUGACAUCUACUGCCAAUCCUGGAGAUUACUUUCCUAUUGGAAACAACACAGUGAAUUACACAUCAACAGAUGCUGCUGGAAAUACAGAUACAUGUACUUUCUAUAUAUCUGUUACUGACAAUGAGAAUCCAGUUAUCAGUGGAUGUCCAAGUAAUCAAGAUGUCAACACAGACAGUGGUAAUGCUACAGCUUUAGUAACCUGGAAACCACCUACAGCAACAGAUAAUUCUGGUACUCAGACACUGACAUCUACUGCCAAUCCUGGAGAUUACCUUCCUAUUGGAAACAACACAGUGAAUUACACAUCAACAGAUGCUGCUGGAAAUACAGAUACAUGUAUUUUCUAUAUAUCUGUUACUGACAAUGAAGAUCCAGUCAUCAGUAGAUGCCCCAGUGAUCAGAAUGUUGGCACAGACAUUGGUAAUGAUACAGCUGUAGUAACCUGGAAAGCACCUACAGCAACAGAUAACUCUGGUAACCAGACACUGAUAUCCACUGCCAAUCCUGGAGAUUACUUUCCUAUUGGAAAUAACACAGUGACCUACACAUCAACAGAUGCUGCUGGAAAUACGGUCAACUGUGUCUUCUAUGUCGUUGUAACAGAUGACGAAGAUCCAGUCAUCAGUGGAUGUCCCAGUGAUCAGAAUGUUGGCACAGACAUUGGUAAUGCUACAGCUGUUGUAACCUGGACACCACCUACAGUAACAGAUAACACUGGUAACCAGACACUGACAUCCACUGCCAAUCCUGGAGAUUACUUUCCUAUUGGAAACACCACAGUGAACUACACAUCAACAGAUACUGCAGGGAAUACAGAAGUCUGUACCUUUAAUAUAGUUGUGACUGAUGAUGAAGACCCCGUCAUAGUUGGAUGCUAUGUCUCACUCUCAUCAGUAACACUGGCUGGUGAGGCCUUUGAUAAUGUAAACUUUGUUGAACCGAUGGUCACAGACAACUCUGGUGCUGUUACUAUAAUUGGAUCCCAUGUUUCAGGAGCCAUGUUUUACAUUGGAGAAACAGUGGUCACAUUUAAUGCUACAGAUCCUUCUGGGAAUACUGCCAUGUGUUCCUUUCCUAUAACUGUAAUUGAUAUGGAAGAUCCUGUCCUCAUGGGCUGUCUAUCAUCUGAUUUUGUUGUAAAUACCACUGCUGGAUUGCCAGUGGCUGAGGUCAAUUAUCCUGUUCCAACAGCUUCAGAUAAUUCAGGGCCAAUUACAGCCAAUUUGACUGCAGGUCUAGCUCCGGGAAACUUUUCAAUUGGCGAAACAUUGGUCAUGUAUACUGCUACAGAUCCAUCGGGUAACAGCGUAUCAUGCUCCUUUUUUGUCAACGUGUCUGAUAUCGAGCAGCCUGUCGUAAGCUGUCCUUCUAAAAUUUCCCAGAACACUGAGCCUGGUCUCCCGAUAGCCACAGUCAAUUGGACUGAUGUUAUGGUAACAGACAACUCCGGAUCGUUCAACUUGUCAUCAGAUUUCUCUAGUCCUGCUAACUUCACCAUUGGACAACAUGCAGUCACCUUCACCGCACGUGAUCCAUAUGGCAAUGAAGCAGCCUGUACUUUCUAUAUUACUGUCACUGACAAUGAGAAUCCAGUCAUCAGUGGAUGUCCAAGUAAUCAAGAUGUCAGCACAGACAGUGGUAAUGCUACAGCUUUAGUAACCUGGACACCACCUACAACAACAGAUAAUUCUGGUAACCAGACACUGACAUCUACUGCCAAUCCUGGAGAUUACUUUCCUAUUGGAAACAACACAGUGAAAUACACCUCAACAGAUGCUGCUGGAAAUACAGAUAUAUGUACUUUCUACAUAUCUGUUACUGACAACGAGAAUCCAGUCAUCAGUGGAUGUCCAAGUAAUCAAGAUGUCAACACAGACAUUGGUAAUGCUACAGCUUUAGUAACCUGGACACCACCUACAGCAACAGAUAAUUCUGGUACUCAGAGACUGACAUCUACUGCCAAUCCUGGAGAUUACUUUCCUAUUGGAAACAACACAGUGAAUUACACAUCAACAGAUGCUGCUGGAAAUACAGAUACAUGUACUUUCUAUAUAUCUGUUACUGACAAUGAAAACCCAGUCAUCAGUGGAUGUCCUAGUAAUCAAGAUGUCAACACAGACAGUGGUAAUGCUACAGCUGUUGUAACCUGGAAAGCACCUACAGCAACAGAUAAUUCUGGUAAUCAGACACUGACAUCUACUGCCAAUCCUGGAGAUUACUUACCUAUUGGAAACAACACAGUGAAUUACACAUCAACAGAUGCUGCUGGAAAUGCAGAUAUAUGUACUUUCCACAUAUCUGUUACAGACAAUGAAAACCCAGUAAUCAGUGGAUGUCCAAGUAAUCAAGAUGUCAACACAGACAGUGGUAAUGCAACAGCUUUAGUAACCUGGACACCACCUACAGCAACAGAUAAUUCUGGUACUCAGAGACUGAUAUCCACUGCCAAUCCUGGAGAUUACCUUCCUAUUGGAAACAACACAGUGAAUUACACCUCAACAGAUGCUGCUGGAAAUACAGAUACAUGUACUUUCUAUAUAUCUGUUGCUGACAAUGAAGAUCCAGUCAUCAAUGGAUGUCCAAGUAAUCAGGAUGUCAACACAGACAGUGGUAAUGCUACAGCUUUAGUUACCUGGACACCACCUACAGUAACAGAUAAUGCUGCUAACCAAACACUGACAUCUACAGCCAAUCCUGGAGAUUACUUCCCCAUUGGAAACAACACAGUGAAUUACACCUCAACAGACGUUGCUGGAAAUACAGAUACAUGUACUUUCUAUAUAUCUGUUACUGACAACGAGAAUCCAGUCAUCAGUGGAUGUCCAAGUAAUCAAGAUGUCACCACAGACAUUGGUAAUGCUACAGCUUUAGUAACCUGGGCACCACCUACAGCAACAGAUAAUUCUGGUACUCAGACACUGACAUCUACUGCCAAUCCUGGAGAUUACCUUCCUAUUGGAAACAACACAGUGAAUUACACAUCAACAGAUGCUGCUGGAAAUACAGAUACAUGUACUUUCUAUAUAUCUGUUACUGACAAUGAAACCCCAAUCAUCAGUGGAUGUCCUAGUAAUCAAGAUGUCAACACAGACAGUGGUAAUGCUACAGCUGUUGUAACCUGGAAAGCACCUACAGCAACAGAUAACUCUGGUAACCAAACACUGACGUCCACUGCCAAUCCUGGAGAUUACUUUCCUAUUGGAAACAACACAGUGAAUUACACAUCAACAGAUGCUGCUGGAAAUACAGAUAUAUGUACUUUCUACAUAUCUGUUACAGACAAUGAAAACCCAGUAAUCAGUGGAUGUCCAAGUAAUCAAGAUGUCAACACAGACAUUGGUAAUGCUACAGCUUUAGUAACCUGGACACCACCUACAGCAACAGAUAAUUCUGGUACUCAGACACUGACAUCCACUGCCAAUCCUGGAGAUUACUUCCCCAUUGGAAACAACACAGUGAAUUACACAUCAACAGAUGCUGCUGGAAAUACAGAUACAUGUACUUUCUAUAUAUCUGUUACUGACAAUGAAGAUCCAGUCAUCAGUGGAUGUCCUACUAAUCAAGAUGUCAGCACAGACAUUGGUAAUGCUACAGCUGUAGUAACCUGGACACCACCUACAGCAACAGAUAAUUCUGGUACUCAGAGACUGACAUCUACUGCCAAUCCUGGAGAUUACUUUCCUAUUGGAAACAACACAGUGAAUUACACAUCAACAGAUGCUGCUGGAAAUACAGAUACAUGUACUUUCUACAUAUCUGUUACUGACAAUGAGAAUCCAGUAAUCAGUGGAUGUCCAAGUAAUCAAGAUGUCAACACAGACAGUGGUAAUGCUACAGCUUUAGUAACCUGGACACCCCCUACAGCAACAGAUAAUUCUGGUACUCAGAGACUGAUAUCUACUGCCAAUCCUGGAGAUUACUUCCCUAUUGGAAACAACAUAGUGAAUUAUACAUCAACAGAUGCUGUUGGAAAUUCAGAUACAUGUACUUUCUACAUCAAUGUGACUGAUAUCGAGCAGCCUGUCCUAAGCUGUCCUUAUAAGAUCUCCCAGAACACUGAUCCUGGUCUCCCGAUAGCCACAGUCAAUUGGACUGAUGCUAUGGUAACAGACAACUCCGGAUCGUUCAACUUGUCAUCAGAUUUCUCUAGUCCUGCUAACUUCACCAUUGGACAACAUGCAGUCACCUACACCGCACGUGAUCCAUAUGGCAAUGAGGCAGCCUGUACUUUCUAUAUUAUUGUUACUGAUGGAGAAAGCCCAGUGAUUUCUGGUUGCUCCAGUAACAUAACAGUGAAUUCUUCUGCUGGUCUGCCUGUUGCUGAGGUAUCAUGGACAGAACCAAACGUAACAGAGAACUCCGGCAACUACACUUUGAGCCAAACUCAAGGAAGUCCUUCUGGAAGUAAUUUUUCUCUUGGAGAUACUCUAAUCAUGUACGUAGCUGUGGAUAAUGGAGGGCUCAUGGACAGCUGUCAAUUCAGCAUUACGGUUCUGGAUGUGGAAGCCCCCGUCUUGGUGUGUCCAGACAAUAUGAUGAAUAACACAGAAUCGGGCCUGAACACUGCAAACGUGACUUGGGUGGAACCAACGUAUUCUGACAACUCUGGCAAUGUGAAUGCUACUUCUGAUUAUUCGUCUGGUGCUCGGUUUGGUAUCGGCACAACCGUGGUUACAUACACUGCUGUAGAUAACUCAGGAAACACUGCAACUUGUUCAUUCAAUAUCACUGUGUAUGAUGAGGAGCUUCCCACAUUCACACCUUGUCCAUUGGCCAUCGCAGUAGACCAGAACAAUGGCACCAACUUCGCAUCCGUUUCCUUUGGCAAUAUUACAAUUAGUGACAAUGAUGCUGUGACGGUCACCAACUACAGCCACAACUCUGGGGACACCUUCUUCAUUGGUGAUACUCAGGUUACAAUCUAUGCUGAAGAUGCAUCUGGAAACAACAACACUUGUCAAUUUAUGGUUACUGUUCGUGACACCGAGGAUCCCGUACUGGACUGUCUAUCAGACAUCAUUGUCAAUGCCACAGCAGGACAGCCGGAUGCUGUAGUAAAUUGGAUUCCUCCCAAUGCUACUGAUAACUCUGGCACUUAUGAUCUGACCUUUAAUAAAGAGGUUGGCUCAACCUUUGAUAUCGGUACCUUUGAAGUGGUUUAUAUAGCAUCAGAUGAUGCUGGAAACACAGACAGGUGUACCUUCAUGAUCACUGUACAAGAUGUUGAGGACCCAGUCUUCACGUUCUGUCCAACUAAUCAAGAGGCCUUUGCGUACAUCAAUGUAAGCGUUGAUUGGAUACUACCACAGGCCACUGACAAUUCUCUUGGGCCCAUCUCGCUGACAUCUAAUUAUGCAAAUGGUACUGAAUUUCCAGUUGGGAACUACACUGUCACCUACACGGCUACUGAUCCAUCCUCCAACUCUGCAACAUGUUCCUUCGUUGUAACAGUUUAUGCUAAUGAUUCAGUGGUACCGUUCAUCAUGUGUCCAAAUGACAUCAUGCUAGACACUUUUACUGGCUUAGACUACAGGAAUAUAACGUGGGGUGCACUCACCUACUCAGACAACAUGGAAGUAGUGUCCGUGGACUCAAACUAUCUCAAUAACAGUUCUCCGUUUUAUAUUGGUACCUCAGUGGUCAUGUAUAAUGUCACUGACCGAGCUGGCAACGUUGCAUCCUGUGACUUCUCUGUAACAGUGCUUGAUAAUGAAGAUCCAAUAUUGUUGAACUGUCCAUCCAACAUGUCUCAAGUGGCUGAUGCAGGUCUGCCUGACACUGCAGUCAACUGGACCAUGGUCAAUGCUACCGAUAAUUCUGGCCAAGUCAUGGAUCCAGCCUCCACUAUGCCAUCAGGGACAAGAUUUCCCAUUGGAACCACGACAGUCACAUACCGUGUUGCGGAUCCUUCAAAAAAUUCUGCCUCUUGUUCCUUUGUUGUCACAGUCAUUGAUGACCAACUACCAACAGUAGUUACCUGCCCGAAUAACACAAUCCUGGGUACAGAUGUAAAUGCAAACACUGCGAUGGUGACAUGGAUACCUGUUACAUUCAUUGAUAAUUCUGGCAGGGUGAAUGUAACAACGACACACACCUCCGGGAAUACUUUCCCACUUGGCCUGACCUAUGUUAACUUCACAGCCAGGGAUCCUUCUGGCAAUGAGGCUUUGUGUCAGUUUAGCGUUUCUGUUUUCGACGAUGAGGCUCCUGUGUUCUCAUCAUGCCCAUCAGACUUCAAUGUCACAGCUGAUGAGGGAUCUAUAAACACCACAGUUACCCUAGCUAAUAUCACAUUCACUGACAAUGUCACACCUACACCCAGCCUUGUACUGAACAAUAGCCACCAGUCACCAUUGGUUCUUGAGAUUGGACAGCAUGUCAUCAAUUCAUCAGCAACCGAUGAAGCUGGUCUGGUUGGAUACUGCACAUAUACCAUCACUGUCUUGGAUGACCAAGGUCCUAACAUCACUUGCCCAGCUGACAUUGUGAAUGUAACAGAUCCAGGUUUAGCUGUAGCCUCAAUCUCCUGGUCUGAUGCUGUAGCAACUGACAACACUGGGUCUCUCGCAGUUUCGUCAGACAUUACCAGUGGUUCUAACUUCACUAUUGGUGAAACAACAGUAACCUACAGUACUACUGAUCCAUCAGGAAACUCAGCCAUGUGCUCUUUUACUGUCACAAUCUCAGAUGAAGAGCUCCCUGUCAUCAGCAAUUGCCCAUCGGACAUUAAUGUGACAACAGAUGCCAACAGUGACUCCAAGAGCAAUGUGACUUGGGUAGAACCAACUGCUACAGACAACACAGUAGUUGUAGCCUUGUCUGGGUCAGAGGAUCCAGGAAUGUCAUUUACUAUUGGGGAACAAGAAGUAACCUAUACGGCUUCUGAUCAGUAUGGAAAUGAGGACACAUGUGUUUUCACUAUUAGAGUUACAGAUGUGGAAAAUCCUGUGUUCACCAGUACUCCUAAUAGCACUACAACCACUGCUGAUCCUGGCCAGGCUGGAGCCUUUGUGACACUGACACCGGUCACUGCUACAGACAACUCUGGCUCAUAUGUGAUAUCAUCAACAGCUCCUGGAAACUCUUUUUAUCCUAUCGGUGAAACCAGUGUUCUCUUCAUGGUUGUGGAUUCCUCUGGAAACCAGGCAGAAAAGACUAUUUUGGUGACUGUUACAGAUGAUGAAGCCCCAGAAUAUGAUAUGUGUCCUGGUGACCUACAAGUAGCGGCAGAUCAAGGAUCAACAAAUGCUACAGUAGCAUGGGAUGUCCCAGUUUUCUCAGACAACUCGGGCAAUGUCACCGUCACUGAAAACUAUGCUUCACCGACUGUAUUUGGUCUUGGAUCAUAUGUUGUUAUAUACAAUGCAUCAGAUGCAUCUGGAAAUAGCAUUGUCUGCAUGUUCAACAUCAUGGUGCUGGAUGAAGAAGCUGCAAAUAUCACCUGUCCUGCAGACAUCAGCCUGUCCAUCCCUGCCCUGCAGUCCUACGUGACUGUAAACUGGUCUGAUGCUGUAGCCAUAGACAACACAGGACCACUCAACGUCACCUCGGACAUUGCCAGUGGUUCCAACUUCACCAUCGGCUUAACAACAGUCACAUACUCUACACGAGAUACUGCUGGGAACCCUGCAUCCUGUUCAUUUGUUGUGAAUGUCACUGACAACCUAAGUCCAGUGUUUGAUGCUUGCCCGAAUAACAUGACCUUCACCACCCCAGCUGGGGAGGCUACAAAGGUGGUGGGAUGGACCGUAUCUGUGUCGGAUAACUCUGGUUUUGUAUCCAUAUCAAGUACCUAUAAUGUCAAUGAUUCCUUCCCUGUGGGUGUGACGCCAGUCUUGUAUACUGCGGUGGAUGGGAGUGGAAACAGUGCUGAAUGUGUCUUUAAUGUGGUCAUCAGUGAUGAGGAAUCUCCAGUGUUCCUGUACUGCCCAAUGUCUUUGUCCCCUGUCCUGGAUACUGGUAACUCUACCCAAGUGGUCAGCUGGUCAAACCCUGUGGUCACUGACAAUACAGACAACUACAACCUCAUGUCCAACUAUCAACCUGGAGAUGCUUUCCCACUUGGAUCAACGGUCGUAGAGUACUUAGCUGUUGAUAACUAUGGCAACAAUGCAACUUGCACGUUCACAGUCACUGUCCGUGAUUUGGAGGACCCUGUAUUUAGCAUAUGCAAUACAUCAGAUAUCAUGCAGAAUACUGCCACUGGCCUUCCAAAUGCCUCUGUUAGCUGGACCGAGCCUGCAGCCAUGGACAAUACUUACAAUGUCACUGUGACUGGGGAUUAUUCUCCUGGUGAUGUGUUCCCGAUCGGUCCAACCCUGGUGACUUACACAGCAACAGAUUCCUCUGGCAACAUGGCCAUGUGUCCUUUCACAGUCAUUGUCGUUGAUGCCGAGCUUCCUGACAUUCAGAACUGUCCAAUGAACCUGUCAGUGUCUACUGACCCAGGUUCUGAUCAAGCCACCAACGUUACCUGGAUUCAGCCUUCUGCAUCAGAUAACUCUGGUUCAGUUGGUAUUGUUGGUUCCAGGAAUCCAGGUGAUACCUUCGCCUUUGGUACCUGUGCAGUGUAUUACAUGGCAGUAGAUGGUGCUGGAAAUGAACAGGAAUGUGUCUUCUUUGUAACAGUGGAAGACAAUGAGGAUCCAACAUUCACCACCUGUCCAGAGUCUAUUUUGUCUGGAACCGACCCUUCAGUUGACACGGCUGUAGUUUGGUGGACGAGACCAACUACCUCUGACAACACUGGCAUUGAUUCAUUGGUGUCCGAGUAUACUCCAGGCCAGAUGUUCCCUAUUGGUAGCACACUGGUUACCUACAAUGUUACAGACUUGGCUGGAAACCUUGCCAUGUGCUCCUUCUAUGUCAAUGUUACAGAUGAUAUGCUUCCAUCAGUGCUGUCUUGCCCGAAUGAUAUUGACACUGCAUCAGAUGUUGGAUCUAUCAACACAACAGUGGUUUGGGCUGUUCCAAGAUUCAAUGACAAUGAUGGCAAUGUGACCAUUACUUCAAACUAUGAUCCACCAACUGUCUUCAACAUUGGGGUCUAUACCAUCAUGUACAAUGCCACUGAUAUGUCUGGAAAUGUUGCUAAGUGUAUCUUUGUGGUGACUGUGUCAGAUGAGGAAGCUCCAACCAUCACUUGCCCAGCUGACAUUAUGAAUGUAACAGAUCCAGGUCUAGCUGUAGCCUCAAUCUCCUGGUCUGAUGCUGUAGCAACUGACAACACUGGAUCUCUAGCAGUCUCUUCAGACAUUACCAGUGGUUCUAACUUCACUAUUGGUGAAACAACAGUGACCUACAGUACUACUGAUCCAUCAGGAAACUCAGCCAUGUGCUCUUUUACUGUCACAAUCUCAGAUGAGGAACUACCAAGCAUUUCAUUCUGUCCAAGCAACAUCAACAAGUCAGCGGAUCUUGGCUCAAUGACAACCACUGUGAUGUGGACUUUGCCAGACUUCACUGACAAUGUAGGUGUUGUCUCUGUUGAGGAUUCACAUCAGCCUCCAGAUAUCUUUUCUAUUGGAAUGACAAAUGUGACCUAUACCGCAUUUGAUGCUGAAGGAAAUAUGAUUGUCUGUGAAUUUCAGGUUACAGUUCUAGAUACUGAACUUCCUGUCUUCCUGAAUUGUCCAUCAAACAUGAGUGCCACAACAGAUCCUGGAUCAGCAUUAGCUACUGUGAGUUGGCCUACAGUACUGGCUACUGACAACGAUGGUACCCCAGUUAUUGAUAGUGGUAUGUCUGGAUUUACAUUCCCUGUAGGGGUUGAGGCUGUGACUUACAGUGCCACAGAUGCUUCAGGAAAUGUAGCAGAAUGUACUUUUUAUAUCACAGUCACAGAUAAUGAGGCUCCCAGUUACACAAACUGUUCUUCUGACUUCAGUGUAGCCGCAGACAAAGGUUCAAUCAAUACCACCGUUAACUGGCAGGUUCCUACAGCUAUGGACAAUGUCAAUACAUCGGCCCUAGUCCUAUCUUCUAACUAUCAACCACCGGUUGUGCUUGACAUCGGGUCAUAUCUCAUCAACUAUACAGCCGUAGAUAUUGCUGGACUUGUUGGGGAAUGUCUUUUUACAAUCACAGUAACGGAUGGUGAAGUUCCAACCAUCACUUGCCCAGCUGACAUUGUGAAUGUAACAGAUCCAGGUCUUGCUGUAGCCUCAAUCUCCUGGUCUGAUGCUGUAGCAACUGACAACACUGGAUCUCUAGCAGUCUCUUCAGACAUUGCUAGUGGUUCUAACUUCACUAUUGGUGAAACAACAGUGACCUACAGUACUACUGAUCCAUCAGGAAAUCCGGCUAUAUGUUCUUUUACUGUCACAAUCUCAGAUGAAGAGAACCCAACGCUAGUGAACUGCCCCUCGGAUAUCACCUAUAACAUCACCAACUCCAGCUCACAGGCCGUUGUCACUUGGUCAGCUCCAACAAUUGCAGACAAUUCAGGAAGGGUCUUCACGGUCAUCUCCACUCAUUCAGGCUCCCUUUUUAACUUUGGUGACACAACUGUUGUUUAUCGUGUUCAAGAUCUUGCUGGAAACAUGGCUUCUUGUUCGUUUGUUGUUUCUGUUAAUGAUCAAACCCCACCAGUCAUUGAGGGUUGUCCAUCUAGUAUCAACACAACUACAGAUCCAGGAUCCCCUACAGCAAUGGUGACAUUCCAAGCUCCUAACAUCACUGACAAUCAAGGCACACCUAAUAUCAUGUUGAAUAAACAGUCUGGUUCAGAAUUCCCAGUGGGAGACACAGUUGUUACCUACACUGCUACGGAUGGUUUUGGCAAUGAGGCUUCUUGUAGCUUUACUGUAACAGUGUCUGAUGAGGAACCACCUGUCUUUGUGGGUUGUCCUUUCAAUGUGACUGUCCCCACUGAUAAUGGAACAGCCAGUGCCGUUGUGAACUGGACAGAGCCUGCCGUGUCUGAUAACACAGUAGCAGUCACAUCAACCCCUGCUAUACCUGUAGGAAGUACCUUCAAUCUUGGCAGUACACCAUUCACCUACACAGCUCAAGAUGCUUACGGAAAUACUGCUCUUUGCCAUGUUAAUGUCAUUGUUUAUGAUGAUGAGCCACCAGUUCUACAGGGUUGUGUUGUGGGUGAUAUCAUCCAGGAGGCAGAUGCAGCAACAGAUCAAGCGGUAGUUGUCUGGACACCUCCUGUGGGUAUGGAUAAUUCGGGUGCCCCUACAGUCUCAGAGAACUAUGCUCCAGGAUCGUCCUUCCCUGUGGGUGUCACUACUGUCACCUAUACUGCUACCGAUGUGGCUGGACUCAAUACCACAUGCUCUUUCAACAUCUCGGUGCUUGAUUCAGAGUCCCCAACAUAUACCACAUGCCCAAGCAACGUCGUUGGCUACACAGGAAAUGACACCACUAGUGAGGUGAGUUGGUCAGUUCCCACAGUGACUGACAAUGUUGCAGUGGUCUUUGAGAACCAGACACAUUAUCCAAAUUACAGCUUCCCACUCGGAAUCACUACUGUGGUGUACUCUGCUUUUGAUGCGACUGGAAACUUCGGAGAAUGCAGCUUUAAUGUUACAGUUUCUGAUAUUACUCCCCCUGUCAUCACUGGAUGUCCUUCAAACUUUGAUGUCAAUGCACCAUCAAACGAUAGUGGUUUAGCCGUAACCUGGGAUCCCAUCUCUGCAACAGAUGCCUUUGGCGUUGAUUCACAAAAUUCAUCCCAUUCUAGUGGCUCAGUCUUUGUCAUCGGACCCGGGGUCACUGUAACUUAUAUCUUUUAUGAUCCUAAUGGAAACUUUGCAAGAUGCUCAUUUGUUGUGACUGUACUAGAUGUUGACAGACCGGUUGCAAGUGGAUGUCCAGCAAACAUCACUGUGGAGCCUGACCUUGGAUCUCUCAAUGCAACUGUGAACUGGACGGAACCAGUUUUCAGUGAUAACAGCGGCAACUUUACACUGAGCAAUAUGAUACCGCCACUCUCUGUAUUUGAACCUGGCACAAGUAUAGUCCUCUAUCAGGCUACCGAUUCCUCUGGCAAUGUUGGCUCUUGUGCAUUCUACGUCACAGUCCAAGACACUAUCCCACCUGAACUGACUGGAUGCCCAAGCAACAUCAAUGUAACGACCGACCCAGGCAGUUUCACAGCCAACGUGUCAUGGUCAGAACCAGUGGCAAGUGAUAACAGUAUUGAUCCCUCAGUCACUGUGACCAUACCAUCUGGUAGUUUGUUCACCAUCAAAGAAACCUUGGUAACCUACACUGCUACAGAUGCAGCUGGCCUGGUUGCAGAGUGUUCAUUCACAGUUACCGUCAGAGAUGAAGAGUUACCCGUCUUCACUGAGUGUCCAAGCAGCAUCAACCUCACCUUACCUUUCAAUGACAGUAGCCUCAAUGCAACAUGGUCAAAUCCUACUGCAACAGAUAACAGCCGGAUAGUCACUGUUACCUCUAGUCUACCUCAAGGCUCAGUACUAACUCUUGGCUCCUCGUCUGUCACGUUCACAGCGGUUGAUCUAUCUGGGAAUCAAGCUCAGUGCAUUGUUACCCUAUUUGUCCUUGAUGAAACUGUUCCUGAGAUCACCUGUCCUUCAGAUAUCAUGGUCAACACUGAUACUGGUAGACCUACAGCUACAGUUACAUGGGAUACAGUCAAUGCCACUGAUAACAGUGGUGUGGUCAGCGUCAUGACUGAUGUAGCAAGUGGAACCAACUUUGGAGUUGGAGACGCAGAAGUAACUGCCACAGCCACAGAUGGUUCUGGGAACGUUGCAACCUGUACCUUCACUGUCACAGUGUCAGACAUGGAAGCACCUGUCUUUAUCAUCUGCCCCAGCGACCAGACCUCAUCCCUCCCAAACACUGGAGCCGCUACCCGUGCGGUUAGUUGGACCACCCCAAUUGCUUCUGAUAACACCAUAGUUUAUCAGCUUUCAGUUAAUGCUUCUUCUGGAUCUCUGUUCAGUGUGGGCACCACAUUGGUACGGUACAUCGCUGUUGAUCGCUACAACAAUACUGAAUAUUGUGAUUUCAGUAUUACUAUAACUGAUGAAAUCCCACCCUCCUUCUCCAACUGCAACACAACCACCCUCACACAGUCUACUGAUGUGAACUCGCCUAGUGCCACGGUGAUCUGGUCUGAACCUACUGCUUCUGAUAACUCUGGUGUAUUCACUGUUACCUCCACAUAUUCACCUGGUGAUUCUCUUCCUGUUGGUGACAAUGUUGUGGAAUACCUGGUUGUUGAUUCCUCAGGGAACAAUGCAACUUGUUCCUUCCUUGUCAUUGUUGAAGACACUGAAGCACCUCAAUUCCCUGGUUGUCCCGUGAUGAUCCUGACUGCCCAAGAUGCUGGAGAGGUUUUUGCUACAGUCACCUGGCAGCUGGUAGCUACUGACAAUGUCCAAGUACUCAACGAGACGUCCAGUCAUACCAAUGGUACUCAGUUUGAUCUGGGUAGCACUGAGGUGACCCUUGAAGCUCUUGAUGCUGCUGGUAACCUGGGAGUCUGUAACUUUACUGUCAUUGUACAAGAUCAAAGUGCUCCUGUCAUCAUGAACUGUCCUGGAACAACAAGGUCAGUUGCCUUUCUGAAUGCAAACUACAGUGUUGGAUUCUGGGUAGCGCCUACUGCAUCUGAUCCCGGUGGAGAUGUGACACGAACCAGUGACUACCAGCCGCUUGAUAGAUUCUUUAUUGGUGACACUCCAGUGACCUAUGUCUUCACUGAUAGUGCUGGCAAUCAGGCUAACUGUACAUUCAUUUUAGAAGUUACUGAUACCCAAGAUCCUGUUAUAACUGGCUGCCCACCCGAUAUCACAGUGGGACCAGACCAAGGAUUAGUGACUGCAGUGGUCAAUUGGACAGAGCCUAUCAUCACAGACAACUCUUAUUCUGUGACAGUCACUCAAAAUGAAUUCCCCAACACCGUGUUCAGCGGAGGUUCAGUGACUGUCACCUACAUGGCUACUGAUCCAAGUGGAAACCCUUCCACUUGUUCCUUUACAGUCACAGUCACAGAUUCUGAACCACCAAUGCUCAGUCAAUGCCCAGGGAACAUAACCAGUGUAACAGAUAGUGGUAAUGCUACAGCCUUGAUCUCUUGGGUAGAACCCACUGCCACUGACAAUAGCGUACCACCCAAUGUUACCUCAACGGCAUAUCCUUCUUCAUACUUCAGCAUCGGAGAGACCACUGUGACAUACACUGCUACAGAUGCCUUCCAGCUUACUGAUACUUGUUCCUUUAUAGUGACUGUUACAGAUGAGGAGUCUCCUGUAAUAUCCCGCUGCACACCAGAUGUGUCAUUUGUAGUUGACUCAGAUUCUGACCGGGUAAACGUAACCUGGGCCCUUCCCACUGUUUCUGACAACAGUGGAGUUGUUGGUCUGAUGGCUAACAUUGAUCCAGGCACUGUAUUGAUGGUUGGAGAGUAUGUUGUGAUUUACACUGCAACAGACUCAUCAGGAAACACAGAUAAUUGCACCUUCAGUCUCAGUGUGCUUGAUGAAACCCCACCAACUUUCUCUGAUUGUGACCGCACAAUCAUUGUUAGCACAGACCCAGCCACUCCUACUAGUUUAGUUACUUGGAAUGUAUCUGCGACUGAUAAUAAUGGGGUUCCUACAGUGCAAUCAACAAUGGUCUCUGGAUCAUUGUUUAGUAUCGGCAAUACCACUGUUGACUUCACUGCUACAGACUCAUCCAAUAAUACCAAUACCUGCUCACUACUCAUUCAGGUUUUAGAUAAUGAAAAUCCAAGAUUUGAAAACUGUUCAUCAAACAUCACAGUUAACACUGAUCCCAACUCCAGUGUUGCGAUGGUGACAUGGCAAGAACCUACAGCUAUUGACCACUCAGGUUCAGUAAGCCAGCAAUCUAAUAUUGCUAAUGGAGCAUCAUUCUCCAUUGGACCCACAACGGUUACCUACACUGCUGUUGAUGCAAGUGGAAACACUGCACAGUGUUCUUUCAUUGUGACAGUCAUCGAUGACCAAUCACCUGUGUUCACUUCCUGCAACACCAGUACCAUCUAUCAGAGCACUGACAUGAGUCAGAACUAUGCAACGGUCAGUUGGACCCUUCCUACUGCUACGGACAAUGAUGGGACACCUACAAUAAGUUCUACAUCUGAACCACUAGAUCAAUUCUCUUUGGGUCAAACACUGGUGGUUUACACUGCAUCUGAUAACUCUGGCAAUCAAGUCAAUUGUUCUUUCACUGUUGAAGUAACUGACGAUGAGCCACCAAUGUUUUCAGGCUGCAUGACGGCAGGUGUGACGGCAAACCUUGGAUCAUCACAAAGCUCUACAUCAGUUAGCUGGACAACUCCAACUCUAUCAGAUAAUGUCAUGGUUGACUUCAAUUCAUCCUCGGCUACCCCGGGCUCCAUCUUCUUCUUUGGAUCAAACGUUGUAACAUACUAUGCUAAUGAUACGUCAGGCAAUGAAAUGCUAUGCUUGAUUCCUGUUAAUAUUUUAGAUGUGACUGCGCCCAGUCUUGUCACUUGUCCAUCAACUGUUACAUACAACUCUUCUACCUACACACCUGGUCAAGGGCCUCUCUUUGUUACACCUAAUGCUACUGAUGCAGUCGGGAUUCAGUCUGUCACAUCCAAUCUAGGUCCCUAUGAUAACUUCACCUUGGGUGCUACCACAGUUAAUUAUGUCUUCAAAGAUUUUGCUGGCCUGACAACUUCCUGUGAAUUUGAUGUUAUAGUUGAAGAUGAUGAGAAUCCUACAGUGGACUUCUGUCCUGCUGAUCAGACAUUGAUGUUCAAUACCAAUGGUUCUAGUGUCAUCACAGUGACUUUGAUGGAGCCAAUCUUCUCUGAUAACUCUAAUAAUGUCACCAUUGAGUCAUCUCAUACCAACUUGACUACACUAGCUCUAGGAAACCAUACCAUCACAUAUACAGCCUUGGAUCCCUCUGGAAAUAUGGCUGUCUGUAGUUUUGUCAUCACUGUUGAGGAUACCACUCCACCAGUCUUGUCUGCUUGUCCUGAUGAUGUAAUUUUAGUAUUAGCCAAUGGUAGUUCAGUAGCCAAUGUGACUUGGUCAGCUCCGACAGCAUCUGAUAAUGGUGAAAUUGCAGAGCUUGUGUCAUCUCAACAGCCUCCAGCAUUAUUCCCUAUUGGUGUAACUACAGUCACCUAUACAGCUAGAGAUACGGCUGGGCUUACAUCAUCAUGCUCUUUCAACGUCACUAUCUUAGAUGUUGAGUCACCUGUAAUAUCAGACUGCCCUAGCAACAUCACAGUGGAAGUAGGACAAUUGGACUCGACCUCCAAUGUUUCUUGGGUAGAACCAACUGCCAGUGAUAACAGCAACAAUGUUGGUUUGACAUCCUCUCAUUCACCUUACAGCAUCUUCUCAAUUGGUGAUACCAAUGUUACAUACACUGCAACAGAUGGCUCAGGAAACAUUGAUACAUGCAUGUUUGUUAUAACAGUACUUGACAAUGUGAAUCCAGUAUUAAUUUGCCAAUCUGCAAUCACCAUUUUUACUGACCCUGGUCAAGCUACUGCUUCCAAUAUCAGCUCAUAUAACAGGGCUUCAGACAAUGCAGGGACACCAGUAUUGACCUCUAACUUACCCAUGGAUGAAGCUGGUCUAGGAGUGACCCCAGUGACCAUUACAGCUACAGAUGGGUCUGGAAACACAGCUAUGUGUCAAUUCAACAUCACUGUAGAAGAUAAUGAAGGACCGACCUUUACACCAUGUCCAGAAGACAUGCAUCUGAACACAACUAACGUUGCAAGCUGGACCAUCCCUGUAGCUUCAGAUAACACAGGAAUCAUUGCAAGCUCUGUAUUCUCCCAUGAACCCGGUGUCUUCCCUGUAGGACCCACCGUUGUCAGCUACAAUGCCACUGAUCAGUUUGGCAACUUUGGCACAUGCCAAUUCACUGUUACUGUUGAUGCCUCUGGUAGCCCUGUGGUAGCCGGAUGCCCUGCGGACAUAACCGUUAACUCAUCAGUAGGUACCUUCACUGCUAAUGUGACCUGGGUAGAACCUUCUGCUUGGGAUAGUGAUGCGGUCAACACCACUCAGUCACAUUAUCCUGGUCAGUUGUUCCCUAUCGGAGUGACUGAAGUGACCUACAUCUUCACAGAUACCACUGGCAGGUCUACAUCAUGUAUCUUUGAUAUCACAGUCAUAUUACAAGGGGACACUGUGCCACCUGUCUUUGACUUCUGUCCAAGUAACUUCAUUGCAUACACUGAAGUAGGCAAAAGCUAUACCACUGUCUCUUGGCCUGAACCCAUUGCAUCUGAUGCCUCUGGACUACCAGUGACCCUCACCUCUGAUACUGUUAAUGGAGAUAUCUUCCAUGUUUACAACUACACCGUUACCUAUACUGCCAAAGAUAGCUUCAAUAAUACUGCCAUGUGUGAAUUCACCUUUCAAGUCUUAGAGGACUUUGCACCAGUUAUUGAGAACUGCACUUCAGAUAUCUCACAAGACACCGAUGCUGGUGCUGCUAAUGCUACGGUCACCUGGUUGGUCCCAAUAGGCAGCGAUGCUAAUGGUCCAGUUACCACUAUUUCAAACUACUCUCCUGGCGCUAUCUUUCCUGUGGGUACAACGGUUGUCAAUUAUGAUGUCAUUGAUGGCACAAAUAACACAGCAAACUGCACGUUUAGUGUCACUAUUUCAGACAAUGAGAUGCCCGCUUUCACGUUCUGCCCAUCUGAUGUGAAUGUCUAUGUUCAAGCCAAUGAAACCUCUGGCAAUGUGACCUGGCCGUUACCCGUUGCUGUAGACAAUGUGGGUGUGGUCAGUCUUGUAACUACUUCCUCGCAGGGUACUUAUAAUCUUGGACCUGUCAGGGUAGUGUACAAUGCCCAAGAUGCUGCUGGCAAUCAGGAAAUCUGCUCGUUUACCGUUCAAGUCAUUCAGGAUCAAUUACCAACCAUAGUAGGCUGCCCCGAUGACAUCACCCAGUCUACUGACCCUGGUGUCAACAAUGCCAGUGUGUCCUGGACUGAGCCUACUGUAACAGAUGACAGAGACAAUGCAACCAUCUCCACAGACAACUACUCCCCUGGAGACACAUUCCCUAUUGGGUCAACAGAAGUCAUGUAUACUGCUACUGAUAUCUCAGGCAAUACUGUUUCUUGCUCAUUCACUGUCUUAAUAAGGGAUGAGGAAGAUCCUGUGAUUGUAAACUGCCCCAUGGCAAUCACAGAGUACAUCCCUGCGUCUACGACUAUCAUGGUAACCUGGACAGAACCCACAGCAACAGACAAUAACAACCUGGCAAGUCUGACGGCCAAUGUACAGUCUGGAACAGCUCUAGGAAUAGGAGUCACUGAUGUCAUCUAUACUGCUCUUGAUGAUUCAUCUAACACUGCUACUUGUACCUUUAGGAUUAAUAUCAUAGAGGACAUGCCUCCGACUAUAUCUGGUUGCCCCUCUGACCAGACGGUAAACACAGACUUUAAUAGUUCCACCGCAGUGGUUACCUGGAGUGAACCAUCGGCUUCAGAUGACCUUGGAAACGUUACCCUAAGCUCAGACUUUGCCUCGGAUUCAGCCUUUGGUAUAGGUGCUACUCUGGUUACCUAUACUGCUACAGAUUCCAGUAGCCAGACAGAAACCUGUACCUUUCGGGUGACAGUUCAGGACCAAGAGGAUCCUGUCCUGCUGAACUGCCCAACCGCGGUAUCUGCCAUCAUUGGCCCUGAUGAGACAACCAUCCCUGUUACUUGGACUCCUCCUACGGCUACUGAUAACUCUGGUGUAGUGACUUUGACUGGAACCAGGAAUCCUGGUGUUCAGUUAUCCAGGGGUCUCUAUCCUGUAAUCUACAUUGCCUUGGAUGCAUCAGGCAACAGUGCCACAUGUAGCUUUAUAAUUACAGUCUCAGAGGAUCAACCUCCUGUGAUAUCAGACUGUCCUAGUGAUCAGACUGUCAGCACAGAUGCUGGCCAAAACUAUGCAUCUGUAUCGUGGACAGAGCCCUCAGCCACUGAUGAUACAGGCAAUGUUUCAGUCGCUAUCUCUCCAUCAUUAACACAGUACCCACUGGGAACAACACCUGUCAUGUACACCUUCACUGAUGCUAUUAAUCUAACCAGUAUAUGUUCAUUCUCAGUAACAGUGCAGGACACCGAGGAUCCUGUCAUCACUGAAUGUCCAGUGGACAUUAAUUUGUUGCUGCCUGCCUCUCAGCUACCAGUGACUGUUAAUUGGACUACACCAUCGGCUUCUGACAAUACAGGAAAUGUGUCCUUGUCUGUCAACAUUGAUUCUGGGAUGUCUUUCCCAGAAGGUACUCAUGAAAUCAGCUACACUGCUACUGAUAGCUAUGGCAACUCUGACACCUGCUUGUUUAGUAUCAUUGUAACAGUCGAUGAGCCACCUACGUUCACAUUCUGCCCAUCUUCAAUCAACAUGGCUACUGGAGCUGGUGUGGACUAUUCUUCAGUGUCAUGGUCACCAGCUAUAGCUACUGAUGAUAAUGGUAAUGCUACCCUCUCAUCAAACUAUCAGUCAGGGGCAAACUUCACCAUUGGAACUACAACGGUUACCAUUACAGCUGUUGACUCAGCUGGAUCUUCCUCAACGUGUACCUUUGAUGUCACAGUUAAUGAUGAAGAGAAUCCAGUGUUAUCAAACUGCCCAUCAGACAUCACAGUCUAUGUAUUCAACUCAUCGGAGUUAGCCAUUGUCACUUGGGCUGAGCCAUCAGUUACUGACAAUUCGGGAGAGAGUAUUGUACCAAGCUCAAAUGCUGCAUCUGGAGCCAGCUUUGGACAGGGUAGCACCAUAGUCGUCUAUUCCGCCACCGAUUCUUCUCUGAAUCUUGAUACCUGUAGCUUUGUUGUUAUUGUACAAAUUGCUACCAGCCUUAGUCAAUUUGAAGCGAAAUUGAAAUUGAACAGGAUCCAAGAUCAGGUUGGUCCCUUUACAUCUGGUGACGUGACUUCUAGUGCAUCCAAGUUACGAGAUGAUCUUGAAAACCUGUUCCGUCAGAGCUCAGUCAGCACUUACUUUGCUGGGGUUCAGAUCACGUCAUCUACUGUAGAUCCGGCCGACAAUCUCUCUGCAGACUAUUUACUCACUCUCUACUUCAGAGACAAUGUAGCUGUCACUGAAACAGCAAUAGAGGGUGCUUUUGAUGCAGCUCUUGUCAAUAACAAGUUUAACGUCAACAACGGAGUGGCUCAAGCUAAUGACUUCUACAUCUCCCCAGGUGCAUGCUCAAGCACACCAUGCCAGAACUCUGCUACUUGUACAGAUUUGAACAGGGUGGACUUUGAAUGCACAUGUACCUCUGCCUACACCGGUACACUCUGUACAGACGAUGUUAAUGAAUGUUUAAACAAUCCUUGUGGAGUGAACCAAGACUGUAAUAACAACGUUGGAAGCUACACCUGUCAAUGUUCAGAAGGAUUUACCGUUGUCGGUGAUCAAUGUAUUAAAGUGGCAACAUCGUUUGGAGGUGCAUUUGAUAUUGAGAUGAUUGAUGGAGCUCCAGCUGUCUUCACUUCAGACCUUAAUGAUAAGAAUUCUGCAGCUUAUAUAAACGUUGAAUCUAAGGUCACUUUUGCUCUUGAUAGCAUCUACAACGGUACCACUGGAUACCUUGGGUCACGUGUCAUUUCCUUUGAUAGCGGUAGUAUCAAAGUGGAAUAUGAACUUCUCUUUGAGAGCGAAGUGGAUGCCGCAAGCAUAGAUAGCAUGCUCAAUAGAAGUAUCAGUCAAUCGACCGGUGAGAUUGGUCAGACUAAUAUUAUCGUCGAACCUUCUUCCGUUGUAACAGUACAAGAACUCUGCCCAGUGGAUAACUGUGGGAAUAAUGGUGUUUGUGUCAUCACAGUUGGACUUCAGAGCCUUUGCAUCUGUGACACCAACUUUGAAGGUGACCAAUGUGAGAUCAACCUGAACAGUAUACCAACUUACAUCAUUGUCCUGAUCGUAGCAGCAGUUCUUCUUGUUGUCAUCGUCAUCGUCCUCCUUGCAUUGUGCUUCUUCAUCAUGAGGACAUCCAAUGACAAGGAGUCUGGCAACUUCAUCUACAGCGUAGAGGGAGGACACGAAAACUUCACGUUUGGCCACACCCGUGAUGACAUGGUCCAUAUGCGUGGUCCAGGAAGAUCAAAUAUUAAUCGUGCCAAUGACCGUGACAGGUCAGAUAUCAGGAUGUCGAGGGAGAAUGAAAGGCAUCAAGAAAGAGACUACGACCAUCAGCAUCAUCGACGCAAGAAGAAAUAUGGAGAGCGCUUCUAUCAUAAUACUCCACCACCAUCGUAUAACGGUACUGGAGUGGUAGAGAUGGGUAGAGAUGCAUUAGAACAACCUUCUUCACGAUCUCGUCAUCAACCUCAACCACUUAUCCAGGAUAUAGGUUCUGCUCCAAGGGAUGAUGAUAUGGAUAUUCAUCAACUCUAUGCAGACAGACGAGGCAAUGACCCUCAACUUAUUCCUGAGGACCAUGAAAGUAGCAAUGAUACAAGUCAGAAUUCUAACCCAGCUGAUGUUGUCAGGGACUCUAUGAGUGAUGCACCCAACACAACAUCAAACCAGCAGCCAUAUAUAGCCACUGGACAAGAGGCAGCUACGGUCUAUGGUCAUCGUAAUGUGGAAAAUGAACCUGGAUAUUUCUGAGCCAAGAUAGAUGCAUUUGUGUCAUCUGAAAGGAAUGUCGCAUGAAGUAGAUUUGAUGUUGAGCAGCUGAUGGACAGGGAAGCUCUCUUCUCUCUGGGUUGAAGAGCGACGGAUCAAAGGUCCUCUACACAAAUCAGGCUGAAUUCGUAUUAAGAACAAAUUAUAUGGCUUUCUUAAUUGACAGUACUAAUAUUUUUGCAUUAAAAGUAUUCAUACAUCUAUCAUGCUUAUUUUUUAUAAAGAUAUAUUUUGUAAUUGACAUUAAGAUAUUCUUCAAACCAAAGUUUGAUGCAUUGUGCUUUUCUAUGUACCAAAGAGCUGCCAAAUUGUUGAAUUUGAAGAAAACGAUUUGGAAAAGUGUGAGAAAAAAGUGCUAUUACUGAUACAUGUAUAAUUGACAUGAUUUUAUUCAGGUUAGAUUUUACGUUAUUUAUUUCUUAGUAAGAUAUUUAAAUGGAGGUGCUUUUUUAAGAAAGGUACAGCUGAAAAUCAUUCACACAACAAACAACUCAUGAGAAUAAACAAGUCAACAUUUUCACUCUUCCCUUUCUCUCUUGUGAUUUAUUUAUGAUAGUAGUAUUUAUUCAACAUAUAUAUGAUGAGCUUAUGAAAGAAAAGAGGCACAUAACAAAUUUGGAUUACUAUGAUAUAUGUAAAAUGAUCACCUUUGAGAAAACCUGGAAACUCAUCAUACUCUCUUACAUAACUGUUGAAUAAUAGAUAUCAUCUGUCCUUAUAUAUCUUCACUUGUAAAAGAGAUAUAUUCCCCUGAAAAUAUAUUAUAGCUUAAAAAGUGAACUUUGGUUUAAGAAAAAAAUGAUUGUAUUGCCUUUGUGUUAAUUUUCAUGUCUUUUCAUGACUAAUAUGUGAAAUGUUGAAGAAUUAACUUGUGCAAAUAAUAUUGUGGUUUGUGUCAAGGUAAUUUACAAAUGAUAGUUUCAACUUUUUAAUUCUAGAUUUUUGAAAUGUUAAAAUGUAAUUUGUCUUCAUAGGAGACUUUUUUUUGCAAUUUCAAGAAUCCAUGAAUGCUUAUGCAAUAUUUAGUAUGCUGCUACUGGCGAACUUUUAAAACCUUUUCCCUUUUUAACAUGUUUAAAAUGAUUUAUUUUGCAUGUACUUUAAAUAAAAACUUCUUUUACCAUGUGUUUGAUAUGUGACACAGGAUCAUUCAUACCUCCUCAGCAAAUGCACUCACAUUUUUUUGAUACAGAACUUUGUAUAUGAUUUAUAUCUUGAGUCAUACAAGUUUAAAGAUAUGUUUAUGUUCCAUCACUGUCUCGUUUUAAAGAAAAGCUUUAUAAAACAUGUUAAUGUGUGCUGUCAUGCCAAUGCUGUUACUCUUUUGUAAUUUGAUUUUAAUGUAGAUCUUUUAUAGCAAAUCUUAAUGUUUCUUUUUAUGUAUACUUCUACUCAGAUAGAUUAAUUAGUUUUAGAUUUUCCUUUGUAUGUAUGAAAAAAAAUUAACCUAUGAGGUACUUUAUGGAUAUUACUCUUUUAAACUAUGAAUAAUAAAUAUCUAUAUAUAUUGGUAACUUCACUCUACUCUUCUUCAUUGUUCAGAUGUAUUCUAUUUUUUAUUCAUGUUUAUGUUUGCUCAGGGUAACUUUGGUAUUCUGUUGGGUAUUUCAUCAUUGUUUUCUGAUUUUAUAAUUGAUAUUUAUAUACUUUGUGUUUCAGAAAUCUGUGUCAUGUGAUAUGUAUUUUAAAGGUGUAAUGUGAUGAAUAAAUGAGAUUAUAAAUGAA